AUGAAACAAAAGCAAAAUGCUGGAUCUUCCACAACAACGAACGGAGGUGAUUUUCCAAGCCUUCUCUCUCACACUGGACUAAUGUUCAACAAGGGAAGUAUUUGGAUGGGAUUUCGGGUGAAUGGAAAAACAUUCUAUGUUGCACCAUUGAUGGAGGAUCACCAUACGGAAGGUGUUAAUUUUCAAAAGAUGGAUAUUUCCGCACCAUCAUCACGAUUUUUAUUACUUGAUGAUAUUUCAUCAUACGGAGUGGAAAAUACAGAAGAACAGAGGACUAUUCUCUACAAGAAAUUGAACAACUUUCUCUUGAAUAAUGAACAAGAAAUUAAACAAAAACUUGUUAAAUUUUGGGAUGAGAAUGUUUCACCUGCAAGGUUAUUUUCAUUGGAUGAAUUGAUUGCUUGUUUGGAUUUGGAGCAUGAGAAGAUUUGUUCCGAGAUUGGAAAAGUCAUUUUGCAAUUCUCUACAUUCUACAUUCUUACAGACAUGCCACACUUUGAAAAAUCCAAGCAUGAAAUGACAUUUAAAUCAAUUUCUAGAGAACAACUAAGAGAAAGUACAUUAAAGCUAAAAUUCACUCACCAAAUUGAUAAUAUAACCAAGGGAGAUGUAAAUAUAAUUUUGGACCAAGAGGAGCUUAUGAUUUUGAAAUACAGACUUUUGGAGUGUUUGAUGGUUCAAUCAGAAAGCAAAUAUUGGCAUGAAUUUUGUAAAUAUAUUAUUCCUAAAAACAAGACUAUGGAAGGAAAGGUCAAAUUUUGGUUGCACCACUUGGGAGUAGAGAUUAGUUUACCUGAAGCAUUAAUUCUCAAAUCAAAUGUCUUCCCAGCAGAGUUGAAUGACCUUGUAAUUAAGUGUAUUCUCAAAGUUGCUGACCCAAAGGAGUUGCAUCACAAAAUGAAGGAUAUUGUUCACUAUACUGGCUACAAGGAAAAGAUUCCAGAAUUCACAAAGGAUUGGAGAUAUUACGAUAAUGUAAUAACAAUUGAUUCGGAAGGAACUAUGGACAUUGACGAUGCCAUUAGUAUUUUGGAGAGUAAUUCAGAUAGCCUUAAGGUAGCUGUGCACAUAACCAAUGUCGGUCACUUCCUCUAUGAAUAUCUUGGAGAGAGUGAUAUUAACAAAUUAUUCCAGCAUCAUCUCUUUAGAGAAGCAUCUAGAAAAGUUACCUCUCACUACAUCUGCCUCCCAAAGGAUUCUCCUCUCUUUAGAACUACUGAUAAUCACGAGAGACCACUGACAGUAUUCCCGAUGUUGCCACCUUCAUUAUCUGAGGAUUUGCUCUCUUUGAAAACUGGAGAAAAAGUUGCAAUUACUUAUGAGUUUGAUAUGAAAGUUGGAGAACCUCCAAUCCUUAUCAAUAUUCAUCCUUCCAGAGUGAACAUUAUUGAAAAUACUACCUAUGAAAAAGUUGAAACUCUAUUCGACAGUGAUGAGAAUUGGGAAAAACUCUAUCAAUACUGUGCCCAGCUCCAAACAAGUCGUCUCACAAAUCAGCAAGUGGACAGACCUUACAUUGUUCCUCAUCCAUCUAGUAAUACUACAAGUGAUUUGAUUAUUUCAUCACGUAGAAGUCUAAAAGGAAGUAUUGUUAUUGGAGAAUGUGCAAUUUUAGUAGGAUCACUUGUAGGAGAAUAUUUCUCAAAGAAUAACAUUCCUGCUAUUGCCAAAGUUUUUGAAGAUGGCUUAACUAGAAUUAAAAUAAGCAACGGCUAUUUAUCCUCUCCUUACAUUCAACAAACCAGUCCAGUCAGAAGAUUUAUUGAUACAAUCAAUCAAAUUCAAUUAUAUUUACACUUGACAAGACAGGCAAUUCUAUCUGAAAAUCAAUUAGAACUAUUCAAGGAGAAAAUUGAUUCAGAGACUCAUAAAUCACAAGAUGUGGAAGAUGAUACAAUCAUGUAUUGGGUACUUUGUAAUUUGUGGGAAAAUUACAAAUAUGAUGAAAAUCAAGCAUCUCAACCAAAACAUCUAACAGGAAUAGUUGGAAAACCAAAAGAAGGUAAUCAUGUUAAAAUCAAAUUAGAUAAGGAAAGAUUUUGUUCAUUCAAAAUACUCUGCUCUAACAUUGAUCCCAGUCUUUUAGAUACAACCAUACAUUUCUUAAUCGAUUCAAUAGAUUGGGAAGAGUUAACUGUUAAAAUAAAGCAGUUUGAUUAGU